CGUAAACAGCAAGUUUCAGGUGGUUUGGCGGGCAUGGGCAUGCAUCUCCCAUCUCCUUGGGCCUUGGCUGCCAAUUCUUCAAAUUUCUAACCCUAAAUCGCCAAAAAACAAGGCGCCAAAUCUCCCGCCAGAUAUUCUCUCUAUGCAUAAAUUCAACCAACUCGGAUCGCUCCAUUCAAACCUCUCGUCAUCUUCUUCCUUUGUCCGGCCUUUACAAUCUCCAUCCAAUCUAAAUGGUGGUGGCUUUGGGACCCGGGAAGUUCUAUGGAAGCAGUCUGCCCCGACCACGUUUCUUCGUCGACGUCAAUCUAAACGACGAGCGCGUGGAUCCUCCGGUUCCUUUCUUGGAUCCUCUCCUAUCCUGGGCCAACGAAGCGCACUGGUCGAUGGGCGGACUCAGUUUUCAGCGACAUCGCCUCCAGGGCAGCAUCAAGGGAUCCAUCGAGAAGCUCAGGUUGCAACGAGAUGGUUCUCGCAGGAAGAAGGUUGCCGCUAAGACUCGCGAUUCCAGCAUGAAAUUUUCCUCACUGAAAACUCUCGAUUCGGAGCCCUCCGAGUCUUCAGAGGAGAUCGUUCCCGUUACACCAUCUCAGCCGCCUAGCAAGAAAAGGGAGAGGAAAUUGAUGGACGAGUUUGAGAAGAUUGCUGCUGAGGAUAAGUCUCGGAGUGUUCGGGAUGAUGGGGAAGAUACUGUUUCUGCCGAGAAGAUGGAGAAUGAGGAGGCCGUAGUUGGCGUUUUCUCUCGUACUCGUUUACGGCAAACGCCGGCGGGCCAGAAGGGGAGCGCUGGUGAUAGUGCUACCGUCGCUGUAGUUCGUCGGAUUUCGCCGAGGAAGUUGUUGGCUUGAGUUGCCUUUAGCUUUUUUUUGAAUUUUUUUUUUUUCUUAGAAGCUUCAUUUGUUCAAUCAGAUGGUUUUGGGAGUAACUGAUAUUGUAAAGGCUUUCCAUGGAAGAUCUAACUAUGAAGAGUUGAUAUCGUGAAAUUGGAAACAACAUUUCAUUGAACGAGUGUAAUCAGGUAGUUCAUCUGGAAAAACAAUGGCCCAAAAAGUUAAUUAUUAUUACCAUUCUAGAAAGUCACAAAGAGUUCAACAGAAUCAAGAAAAUAAGCUCCAUCAGGAAUAUUUAAGACAAAAUGCUAGAUUUAGGGGCGGUGUCGUGCAGUUGGUUUCGCCCGUUUGGGGCGGCCGUGCCACUGCGGUUUGGUGCAAACACGGAAAGCUCCCCCUUAUUUGUGGCCUAACAUCGUCGGUCUGUUUUUUACCCGCCCGGCGGUAACCGCGACAAUAGAUCAUGCAAAAGAAGAGCAAGCCGCGAUCCUCUGCAAAAUUUGAGCUCUUCUCCGACUGCUGACGGUCAUCUUCCUCCACAGUAAGGGUCUAUUGGCGCAACUACAGUUGUUAGUUUUUCAGUUGCAGUUGCGUUGCUCUAGGAAGUUGUUGCAGGGAAGUUACUAUGAGGAAGUUGAUUAUCUGUUUGUGGCAAUUGUGUGAUAACAGUUGUGGGACACAUGUUUCUGAAAAAAU